AUGCCUAAAUACGCGAAGUUGUCUAACGUCCCGUUGAAUGGGGGAUGUUCCGCCGUGGUGUUAAAUAAGCUUCCCGAAAAGCUUACCGAUCCCGGUAUUUUUACCAUUCCUUGUCUAUUCGGUAGCAACACCAACACUAGAGCUUUGGCCGACUUAGGUGCUAGCAUCAACUUGAUGCCCUUUUCUCUUUAUGAGAAGCUAGACCUAGGAGAGCUUGCACCCACCCGAAUGACAUUGUCCAUAGCCGAUCGGUCCGUUAAAUACCCUAGGGGUAUAGUUGAGAACUUGCUAGUUAAGGUAGACAAAUUCGUGUUUCCCGCCGAUUUUGUAAUUCUUGAUAUGGAGGCGGAUGAGAGAGUUCCCGUUAUACUAGGCCGUCCAUUCUUGCGUACCGCGAAAGCUCUCAUAGAUGUUUACGAUGGUAAGAUCACUCUUAGGGUCAGUGAGGAGAGAGUUACUUUUGAGAUAGACCGUUCCAUGAACCACCCGAGUGGUUCGGAUGACUAUAGUGGUCCUUGCCAUUCCGUCUACUUCUUGAAUUCGUUUAUCUCCUGUGUCGAUCAUUGCCUAGAAUAUAUUAGUGGUGCGGACCUGGUGGUAGGAGAGAAGGUAGAAGAGGAAGCGAAGAGUGUAGUUGAAGUUAAAGAAGAGGGGAAUCCUUUAAUCCCCGAUGUCUUAGCGGUUAGUGAUGAUACCACCCAACCCCCACCCUUAGAACUUAAGGUACUUCCAUCUCAUCUAGAGUAUGCUUUCUUAGGGGAGGGUAGGGGAGGGUUCCGAGCUACCCGUUAUUAUUUCAUCUGCGUUAGAGGAGAGUGA